CCCACGUAGUAACUAACAAUCACUUAAUGUUUCUCCAAAAGGGGCAGCGUCACAGCUAUGCUUAAUACUGUGGGCUAGCUAUGCAUUUUCUCAGCUGUUAGAUGAAACGCUACGUGCUAGCUAACUACUCUGCGACUGCGUAGUUAGCGCAGUACUUCGUGAUAGCUCUCUAGCCGACACAUUCUGCGGAAUUCCCCUUUGUUUACUGGCUGCUCACUUUCACUUUUCCUUCCAUGUUUUUCUGAAAGUUUUAAGGAUGGCAGAGCUGCAUAUUCAGGCAAAGUUGACAAAUCUUUUAAAACAAGAGAAGAUUCAGUUAUGGAACCCACCGUACACUACAGAGGACAGCGAGGCUGGACAGCAACCUCUGCAGGAGCUUGCAGUGAUCUAUGCCCCCAUUGUCAACUUCUCAGUCGCUGAAGUGGCAAGCGCCUUAGAGAGCAUACGAUCCCAGGCAGUGAAGAGAGGAAUGGGGAACAAAACCUACAGAGAGACUUGUGUGGCCACAUUGGAGCUCCUUCUACCUAAAGAGGGGAGAAAGGAUACCAAGAAGAAGAACUAUUUGCAGACUAAGCUUGAUGUUCUUGUACAAGAUGUCAUGGAUAAAAUUUCAGAACAACAUGGACUCCAAUACAUAAAGUUAAUAUUGAAUGGGAAGACACUCAUUCCUGAGAAGCGCCUGGAUGAGCAGAAUGUUAAGAAUAACAGUAAGGUGAUGGUGCUGCGGGUGAGUGAGCCAGAGAGGAAAAAACAGCUACUGGAGGAGGAGAAGAAGAAGAAAACCAAGGAUGAGAGUGUCCAGAGAACCCAGAAGGGCUUCCAGAUCCUCUCAGAGAGAGAUGGAACUGAUGACCCAGCCACAACUCCAUUCUUAGAGAUUGCUGAUCAGAAGGGGAACCCUCUGAAAAUACCUCCCAGUGAGAAAAAGGCUUUGAUUCUAGCCGUGGGUUUCCACGAGAAAGGCCGGGCUCUCAUGAAGAGGAAACAGUACGAUGCUGCUCUGUCCCACCUGGUGCAGGCCGACGACCAGUUCAGUAAGUGUGGCUCCAUGCUGUUGAGCACUGUAGACAACUAUGCAGUACUGCAGCUGGACAUCGUGUGGUGCUAUCGAGCCCUGGAGGCUCUGUCCUGCCUGGACGACGGCAAGCAGAGGCUGCUGAGAGCCGAGGACUGCUUUGUCAGGUGCUACGGAGAGCAGCAGCAGAGGUUGCGACAGAUCAAGGGCAACACAGGUCGAGAGGAGGUGCUGUUCCUCAGACUGUACCUCCUGCAGAGCUUACUGGCGUACCUGGACGGUAAUGAGCACCAGGCCAGGCAGAAGCUAAUGAAGGUAGAGGACCUGUAUGGCCGUCUUUGCCUGGACCCAGGGAAGAUGACUGAGCUGAUGGGUCUGGGUUUUUCUGAGCAGGAUGCCCGUCUGGGCCUGAGGGCUUGUCAUGGAAAUGUAGACGAGGCUGCACUGCACAUUACUAACAGGAGACAGGAGAAGGAGGAGAUGAAGCAGAAAGAGAGGGAGAAGAGGAGGCGGCGUUUGGAGGCGCUGUCUACCCUCGGAGAGAUGGGUUUCGCCAAGAGAGAUGCUGCCCAGGCCCUCCAUCAGACACAUGGGGAUGUGGACAGAGCCUAUGGGAUCCUUCUAGAGGCUAGCCAGAUGGCGUCUGCAGCUGUAUCUAACAACAACAUGGAGCCACACAUGGAUCAGGCCAAGGUUGAGCAGAUGCUGUAUCUGGGCUUUGAGCCGGAGGUGGCGGAGGCCGCCCUGCGGAUGACGGGGGGAGACUUGCAUGGCGCCACCCAACUGCUGCUUGACAAUCAGGGGGUCCUGCCCCCAGAGGUGCUGUCCCCUUCUCCCCCCUCCUCGCUGUCCGAGGAGCCCAGCACCUCCUCCGAGUCUGCAGGUUCUGUUAGUCAAGGUGAGGACCCUAUGGACGAGGACCUGGUGAAUGAGGUUUUGGACGACAUCCCCCGACACGAAGAGGACUACCUGGAUCUGACUCUGGAGGAGGAGGGUGAGGUCAUUGCCCAGAUGAACUCCUACCUCCACAACCGUAACUCUUCCAGCUGAAUACCGCCCAGCCAGCUGUCGUCUCAAAAGCACAUUCAACUACCACUCCAAUAAUGUUAGUCUUUUUGGAAUCAUAAAUCAUAGUUAUUAUCAAUCAUUUGUAUUCCUCAAGCAAUACAUGAAAUGUUUAAUUUACGUUUUGGCCUUAAAACAAGAAAUUAAAUCAAGUAAAUGUGCAAUGAGUAAAUGUUAAUAUACAAACUAAAUGGCCUGUGCUUUAGAGGGGACUGUGCCACUGGUGACUGGUUUGGUUUUUUAAUUGUUCCUGUUUGAUACCCAGCAUUUAGAAUGCAACGCUCUGCAGUUUAUAUUUGUAAAACAAUUUUUGGGUGAUUAUGUGAAAGAUGGUUCCACCUGUGUUCCUGCUCGGUUUUAUGUUUGAGAUGCCUAUAGAAUUAAUUUAAUUAAGAAUCUUUUUAAUUGUUUACGAAUAAAAAAAAAAAUCAUUUGUGGUUUUCAUGUAUGAGUUGAAUUUCCAAAGCUAGACAUGACAGCAAUUAGUGCCAUUUCCUUCUAGUGAUAAUAAUUUAAUCAGAGGAGUCCUGUUAUUAAAUACAAUAAAUGCUCUUUUGGUUUA